AUGGAAUUAAGGGAUAAACAUUAUAGUAGUCAACACAAUGUAAACACUAAAUUUCCUCAGCCUGGUGAUGUGGUAAUAAUUUCAGACAUAAAUACUCCUAGGUCUCGUUGGAAACUAGCUCGAGUUGAAGAACUUGUAUCGACAAGAACAGCGAAAGUAAGAGUAGGAAAUAAAAUAAUGGAGAGAGCAACUAAGCACCUUUUCCCGCUUGAAAUAUAAAUGAUUGCCAAUAAAUGUAAAUAGAAUCUUCAUUUUUUUCUCUCUCUCUCUUUCAUAUAAUCUUUUUUUUUCAAAUUAAUUUCAUUCAAAUCCCUCUAUAAAUGUCUAUCAUUUUUUUUCUCUCUUUCUUCUUUUCUCAUUUUUUCAAAUUACAUAGAACAGGCAAUGAGUAACCGACAGUAUACAAAUCCAACCCUACUAGUUAGA